AUGUCGUCAAAGUGGACUAAUAGUCACAGUGAAUCCGGUAUAUUAAGAAAGAGUGAAUUCAAGGAGAAGAAAGAAGAGCUAUUCGUGUUCGGCUAUUCGUGCAAAUUGUUCAGGGACGAUGAUAGAGCCCUGGUGAUUGAUCAAGGAAAGCACCUCAUUCCGUGGAUGGGGGAUGAAACGUUGAAAAUCGACAGGUACGAUGCGAGAGGAGCACUUCACGAGUUGUCGUCCCACGAGGCGCCUCCAGGGGGUUUCGACUGGAGGGUAGAGCUGAGGAAGAGCGAGCUGGACGUAGAACAGCUGUGCGAUGAAGAAAGGUACCGGGCUCUGCAUACUGAUGAGGAUGAAGAAGAAAUGUAUAAAGAGGAAGAGUUGAAACGUCUCCAUGCAGCAGGUUAUGGGCAAGUUGGAUUCAACUAUGACACACCAAAAGAGCCUGAGCCGGAGUCGCAACCCAUCGAAAUUGACGAGCCGUUUGUUCCCACCCCCUAUCUUAAAGCUUUGUUGCCCACUGAUAUGAUUUUGCCAGAAUCAGAGAAACAGAAUGCUAUAAUAGAAAAAACUGCCAAGUUCAUAGCUACACAAGGAGCCCAAAUGGAGAUCCUCAUCAAAGCCAAGCAGGGAGACAAUCCUCAGUUCCAGUUUCUGAACAGAGACUCGGUUCUUCAUCCGUACUAUACUGCACUUAUUGCUUUGGUAAAGGCUGAAAAAUGGCCAGAGAGGAAGGUUGAAGUUGUUGAAGAAAAAGUACCAGAUAAUGAAGAAUACUUACAUCCAAGUUUAGCAUCUACUAUCAUUGAGUCGGCGCCGUCAAUCCCUAGCAUACACUACAAACCAUCAGCAGACUGCGACUACACUCUUCUCAUAUCCAAAAUGCGUGGUGAACCUCCUCCUGAAGAGCCGUACACCCCCGAACUUGCCCCGGGAGAGGUUGCUCCGCCGGGCACUGAGCCUUUACCCCCGAGAUCCAACGCCGAGAUAAGCCGAGCUCCUGUCAUGUACAACAGAGGAGAGAACCAUGUAGACCACGCAACGCAUGCAGCUCAAGCACACGCGGCCCAAGUAUACCAACAGCAGUACGCAGCUUACUACCACCAGUACAUGGCCCAAACAGCCGCGGCCCAAUCUGCUCUGCAGGCUCAACAAGAAAAAGAGCCGCCUAAGAGUGCCCCGUUGAAGUCUACAGGGCUGAGUUUGAUGAAGAACUAUAAUACGGAUUCGGAUAGCGAUGUUUCGGAUUGCGAUGACACCUCCUCAACGGACAGCAAAGACAAACCAAUAAUAAUACCUCCCCCCAAGGAGAUCCAAACGGUCAUAGAAAAGAUGGCAUCUUACGUAGCACGGAACGGCGUUGAGUUUGCCGAAAUCGUUAGAGCGAAGGGGGACCCGAGAUUCGCCUUCUUGGAACCUGAUGAUGUGCACCAUGCUUACUAUAAGACCAGAUUGGCUAAACUACAGAUUGGUGAUGAAAAGGGAAAGGCUAAGAAAGCUGCUGCGCCAGUAUCGUUCUCAAUAAAAAAACUUAAAGAACCAGAUCAAAUAUUACCAAAGCCUGCAUUACCAUACGAAUCUAGCUCCGACGAGGAUUCAGAAAAACACGCAGACCAACAAGAAAAACAGGACAAAACAGAAGAACUUAAAACUAACAUUCCCCUUCUGUACCCACCUAAUAAUAUACCACCGGUAGUUGUUUACAAAAUGGAAAGUACUGUAAACAAUUUACCGACAAUAAAAACCAUUGAACCUUUGAAAUUGGUUCCGAAACCUUUACCUAAUAUAAUGACAGUACCGGAGAUUCCAAAAGAAGAACCGAAACCUAUUAUAGUAAUUGAGAAACCUAUUGCAAAAGUUGAAGAAGUUAAAAAGUCUCCUUCUCCUGAUAAAAAAGUGGAAAUAAGAGAAAGUCCGAAAAAAGACAAACGGAAGGAAAAAAAAAGAGAUAGUUCAAAAAGUAGAGAAAGGAGAUCUAAGAGUAAAGAUAGAAGAUCUAGAAGUCGUGAUAGAAGAUCGAAAAGCAAAGAUAGAAGUUCUAAACCCAGAGAUAUGAGAUCCAGAAGUACAGAUAGAAGGAGAAGUGUAGAAAGGGAGAAAAAAAGAGAAAGAGAUAUCGAAAGAGCUAAAAAGAAAGUGAAAUAUACCAAAGAUGAGUUGGAGAGUGAGAUUAUAUCUUUGGAAGAUAAUUCCGAUGAUAUGAUUGAUUUAACAGGAGAACUUUCUGACUCUAAAGGCGAGGGUGACACCGAGGUCGAACGUAUGAAGCAGUUAGAGCGUCGUCGCCGAGCGGCCGAAUUCUUGAAGAAAGUCGGCGUUGAUCCUGCCGCUGCUGCGUUGCCCACUACCUCGUUGGCAAGUGCCAUGGUGGACACAUUAGAGUCGCUUCGUAAAAAGAAAGCCGAGGAGGAAGAGAAGCGGCGGAAACGCGAAAAAAGAAGACACCGUGAUCGACAUGUUUACGACGACAAUGACAAGUCUAAUCGGAGAGGUAGACGUAGAAAAUACAGGACUUCGGAUGAAGAGGAUUCUGACUACGACCGCGAUGGAUCAAAGAAGAGAAAGCGCAAAAAAGACAAGAAAUCGUCAAAGAACAAGAAGAAGAGGCGCAGGGAAUUUGAAACUGAAGAAAUUGAAAUAGAAGAGAUAGAUCAUCCCCUCCCCCCAAAUUUGGACUUGACAAGCACCUUGAAAGAGCUACGUACAUCCUCCCCUACUAAAGAACUCUGUCUUCAAGUUGCAGAAGAGAUAAGAAGAGAAUCGUCAGAUGACGGAAUGGGCAGAAGAAAGAAAAAAAAGAAGGAAGACAGGGAAUACAGCGAGGGGGAGUGGUCGAGCGAUAGUGAUGGAGACUCUUGUACUACGCCCAGCGACAAAGACGACGAUUGACAUAAGUUCUAAUAAUAAUUUAUUAAUAACUAGUUGUACCCGGCAUGCAUUGCAAUGCGUCAAAUCAUCUGCGAAAGAACCGCCAUUUCGGCUGUAGACACAUUGGUGAAAAAUGGUUCUAAUAUUUCAAAAACUUUUUCGGUCGUGGGCACAACAACUCACGGAAGUUUUUAUCGCAAUCGGACGAAUAAUAAUGGAACGCAUACGGGACAAACAUACAGACAUUAAUUUUUAUUACAUAUAGAUAAAAAAGACAAUUUAGUUAUGUAAUUCGCAGAGAAAUAAAGUUUUUUUCCAUGUUUUUAUGAAUAAUUAAGGUGUCCAGCACAGCAUACUCGUGCUAUAUUGAAAUAACUUUUUUAAAUGCAGUACUUACUAACCCUUGGCAUGAUGGCGCUAAUGUCGGGAUGUUUUUGGACAGUGCAGCGCAAUAAUGCAAAAAUACAUUUUCGCAUGAAACUGCGUCAGAAAAAUGCAUAAAACUCUGAUUAGUUUUAAAUUUUACGAUACAAAUCAUAUGUCACUGUUUUUCUCGUGAGUAGCCCUAUCAGAAUAUCAUAUUCUAAUUAAUAAUAAAAACUUACCUGAUGCAGUUCUGAUACGAUCAAUUUAUUUUGUAAUUUUUUCUUGCGUCUUCAUUAAAGUUGUCAAUGUAAUUGCAAAAAAAUUACAACUCAUUGCCACUACAAACCACAAUAAGUAUUUAGUCCUCACAUUCAAGUGUCUGGGACAUAAAUUAGGUACUUGAAAUUGACCGACUGAACACGCCGCAAUGUUUGUUUAUGUUAUAGCUCCGAUAACGAGACGACAUUAGUAUUUUUUUUUAAUAUAAAUGCUGAAUAAUUGUGAAUUGGAGGUUCAAACUAAUACCAACACAAUAAUAAAUAUACUAUUUGAUGUCAUUUUUUAAAUAUCGAACGACCGCUUCAAUUCUAUAAUUUAUUCCUUAAAGAAACAACAGCACACUUACAUUGAACAAAUACGAAACAUAAUUAUUAUUAUCUCGCUAUUAAUUAUAGAAUAAUCUAGAAUAAUUAAUAGAGAGUACGACUCGCGCUGUGCAACACGGAUGCACCACAAGAUUAUGCGAAUGUGUGCGUCCCUAUACGGCGGGCUUGUACACAUAUGUACAAGCUGCGGUGCUAUGUUUGUCUGGAGUUACCAUAGUUCGCUUAUCAUACCACGAUGGAAGAGUUCUUCCGAUAUAGUCAGCAAAAUUAUCAGAUUAAUUAAACUAACAGGAAAUAUCUGGAAUUUGAAAAAAGGCAAAUGCGUUAAAAUAAUAUAAAUAAAUAACGCACGCACCCAUAGAUCAUAUAAAUAUUUCUCCCAGCUUGGGAAUCGAACCCGGGGCCUCUGCGUGGCUGAACAGCGUAAUAACCGUUCGGCCACGAAGGCAAUUUCAAUAAGGUUAAGAACUUUUUCAUUUUGUGAAUAAGUUCUGGUCUGGGAUUUCUGAAUAGUAUUCCGGAGUGCAAGAAGCGAGAGACCGAGAGUAUCGAUCUCUGGUAGUAAUAAUGUAGAGAAUUCGCUAGUUAUAGACCGGGUAGUUUAAUUGUAAUUAACAUUUGUAUAGUUAUUUAGAUUUAAUCGACCAAACUAUUCUUGGUUAAAAACAAAUCUACAAAUAAUACAAAAAGUAGGAGAUGGGUAAAGGACAAAGCGCCAAAUAGUGCUUUUUUCUACAGCGUGUUUUAAACAGAAUCAGGCUCAUAAUUAGGCAUUUAAAAUCAAUGUAAGGUCAAAUACAAUACUGCCCCCUUAUCAAUAACUAACGCAUUUGCAUAUACAGGUUGAUAAGCGAAAGAUGCAGUGGAAAUUCAAGGUCGCAGAGAGUUUCUAUCAAAUAGUAAAUUGGCGGUGAUAUUUUUGUUGAAUAUUUCAUAAAUUAAAUUAAUUUCAUAUUAAAAAAUUACGAUAAUUUGUGAAAUUAAAAUCGAGCUCUAACAUCGCUAACCUCACACAAUCACUUGUUUUGAAAUUAGUUGAAAAUGAGUAAAGUAUAACAGAUUUUGUUAUUUAUUUACUUACACUUACAUAUUACUCUCUUCGA